UGGCCGGGGGCGGCGGAAGGAGAGGAGGCGGCGAUGGAGGAGGAGCGGCAGCCCGCGGGGGGGGGCAUGGAGAUGCUAGAGGAGGAGGCCGGGCCCUGGCAUCUGGGCAUCAAUCUCCGCAUGAACCCCCUGGAGGCCAUCCAGCAGGAACUGGACACUGUGAACGCUCAGGCCGACAGGGCCUUCCAACAUCUGGAACAGAAGUUUGGGCGGAUGCGGCGACACUACCUGGAACGGAGGAACUACAUCAUUCAGAACAUCCCAGGCUUCUGGAUGACUGCCUUCCGGAACCACCCGCAGCUGUCCUCCAUGAUUAGGGGUCAGGAUGCAGAGAUGCUAAGGUACGUCACCAACCUAGAGGUGAAGGAACUCAGACACCCGAAGACUGGCUGCAAAUUCAAGUUCUUCUUUCGAAGGAACCCCUACUUCCGAAACAAGCUGAUCGUCAAGGAAUAUGAAGUUCGAUCAUCCGGUCGAGUGGUGUCCCUUUCCACUCCAAUCGUAUGGCGGAGGGGACAUGAGCCUCAGUCCUUCAUUCGCAGAAACCAGAACCUCAUCUGCAGCUUCUUCACCUGGUUUUCAGACCACAGCCUUCCAGAAUCCGACAGAAUUGCUGAGAUCAUCAAAGAGGACCUGUGGCCAAACCCACUGCAAUACUACCUGUCACGUGACGGAAUCCGCAGACCCAGACGUCGCCCAGUAAGAGAGCCAGUGGAGAUUCCCAGGCCCUUUGGCUUCCAGUCAGGCUAACCUCUGCCUUUGAAAAUACAGCUGGAGCAGGCCUCUUCUCACCUGUGCUUGAGCAAAGGCAACGGUAUGCAGUGUUCUUGGUGUUUCUUUCCUUGUGGCUUCUGCAUCUGCUGUUUGAAUAGUCUCUCUUGCCCUCAAGAUGAAGACUGUGGACAUGCUGCUGCUGUCAUAUGACCUCUACGCUGUUCUGUAUUAGUGUCUGCUGCCUCGUCGUGGUUCAGACCCUUUCUAAGCUUAACACGCGAUCCUGAAGAUCACACUGCUUUUACAGUGCUUGGACCCUGUUGUUUUCAGUCUGUUAGCUAUUUGCUGCCACCUUUGUCUAGGGAGCCCGUUCUAUUUACCUGUUGAGCAUGUGGCAGUAUGGACAUCAAGUUUGCAGACAAUUGCUGGGAAUUAAUGAUAUUGCGGGAGAACAGAAGUGGGCCACCUUCUGUGUGGUUUUUGUGACUCUUUCUGCACCACCUUCUAAUACUGCUUGCUGUUGCAUAUACCAAGCUCCAUUGGCGCUUGUCAAGGUUCCUCACCCUCUUCCACCUUCUUGUUAUUUUAAAUAAAAAGAAGUAGUUCCGGAACAUCUGCAAGAUCAGCAUUUGUAGUCCAUUUAGACUGGUAGCAUUUCCAGAGAGGAUGCUCUGCCAGAGAGGCUGCAGAACUCUGGCUGCCUCUUCUCUUUUUCCCAACCCCCCAGCCAGGUUAACAAGGCCUAACAGGAUAAUAGAGAGAUGGAGCUAGGUGGAAACAGGUGAGAUCUUCCUUAUAAUGUAUGGAAGAACUAAAGAGAUUGUGAUGGGUACCCUAAGCAGGGAAAGUGAACUGAAAUGGAUUAGGACCAGAUUAAGUCAGAUAAAAAUUGGGCUGAAGAUGAAGACAAGGUUGACUAAGAGCUUUCAAGUCCAAUGGUGAUGUAAAGAGAAAUACUUUCUCAGGAUUGCAACAGAAAAAUUAUAGGGAGUUUUGAGUACUAAAUGUUGCCUAGAUAAUGGUUCUUUAAAGAAAUGGUACAAGUUUGGGUUAUUUUCUUCUUUUUAUAUGUGACCUGAUGUAUCUGAAAGAGUAAUAUUGUGCCCAUAUUUUACCAACAUUUAGUAAAAUGCUACUUGUUUCUAUUUACUAGGAAAGUUAAAUUACUUUCUUUUGCAUUUAUUUGAAACCAUUUGGAAGAACAAUAGUCUUGACACUAUUGAGACAAAUGAGUAUUCAUGAAAAUUUUCAAUGUUAAUCUAAAUUCUUAGAAACGUAGUUUAGAUAAUUUGGUCUUUAUCAAGUUUGUCCAAUUACUGUUGUCAUGGAAAAAUAGAUAUGUGACUUGAUAUUCUUGGUAGCCUCUUAAAUUACACAAUAGUUGUAAAAGUGCUCUGUCAUAUUAGAACUGUACUAUGAAGAUAUUUGUUGCCCUUUAUAUGUAAGAUGGUGAAUAAAAGCAUAGCACUCUC